AUGGACGGCUAUUUCGUCAACAGCCCGUUGGAGGGCGAGGAUGACGGUACCUUAUUUCCUGACUUCCUCAUGGCCGACAGCCAGAUCAGCAACCUAGAUCUUUCUUCGCCCGAGCCGGGCUCCGAUCAUCACCAGCCAUUCCGGCCCUCCCCUUUACCCUCUACUGUCCCAUCGUCUCCCCCCUCUGCAAAUCCUUGGUAUGACCCUGCCGCACCUCGAGCUGGACGUAGAGACCCCGGUCGCCACGACUUGCUCCCGGACAACUUUGAAUCAUGGGAGGCGGAUGCCGAUUUCAUCGACUCACGAUCAGUACCACAGAAGCCGAAUGAGUCGCAACAGGACCUGGCGGAGCGCAUCAACAGCCUUACCAGGACCAUCAACGCUAAUGCAGCCUUUUGUCUCGAGGUCUCGGGGAAGAUGAUCGAGCUGGCGCGUGAGAACAAGCACCUGCUCGACGCUUCCAAGUCGACACUGGAUAUGUACGUCUUGCAGCCUUGCCUGAGGCUGCCCGGCAUCUUGCAAACAUACUACCCUGGGAUCCAGGACGGCCUACAAGACGGGCUGGAGGUCCUCAAGGUGUACGAGUCGCAACUGCGGAGAACGGUGCAGAACUGCGCCAACGGCCGUGACAUGGCCAGGGCACAGGGCAUCGCAGGAAAGGACGGAAGCAGCAGAGGAGAGAUGACCAGACUGAAAGACCGGCUUGUCGAGCAGGACGCGCUGCUGAAGGACUCGAGCCAGCAUGUGCAGAGGCUCAUACGGGAGCGGGAAGCCCUCAAGAAGCAGUUGGACGCAAGGAAACGCGACUCGGGCAAAGUGGUUGAUGCGUUGGGCUUAUUGGCCGAGGACGUUAUUCCUGAUUCGGAGCAACGAGGCAAAAAUUCGACUCCGGAUUUUGAUUACGAUGGCCAUGGUGGGAGAGAGCAGCCGGGCAGUGAAAGGGACUUUGUGGCCCUGGCAGACCACCUGCGGGAGAUGCGUGUCUUGAUGGACCGAAUGGCCCUUCAUGAGGCCUCUAAUCACGAAAGACACAACUCGACCACAGGCGACGACACUGAAGAAGGGUAUGCUGCCGAUGAUGAGGACCCUGACUGGACUCUGUUAUAG